ACCUCUUUUAUGUUUAUAUUUCAUAUCCAUAACUGAUUGAUAAACAAAUCAUAUAAAUAAAUGCUUAUCUACACCACGUAUUAAUUUUACGUCACUAACUAUAUAUUGAAAGUCUCAUAUAUUGCUAAUAGAUCAAAUUUAAUAAUUUUCUUAAACUAAGAUCUAAAAUUUGACGAUGCUUAAGGCUGUUAUUUUAAUAGGUGGUCCUCAAAAAGGAACAAGAUUUCGACCUUUGUCUCUUGACAUACCAAAACCUUUAUUUCCUGUUGCUGGAUUACCUCUGAUACAACAUCAUAUAGAAGCAUGUAUUCUUUUAAAAGACUUGAAAGAAAUUUUACUCAUUGGAUUUUACCCAGCAAAUCAAAUUGAGCCAUUCGUCAAUGAUAUGCAGCAUUUAUAUAAGAUAUCCAUAAAGUACCUCCAAGAGUUUGUAGCUCUUGGCACUGCUGGAGGACUAUUUCAUUUUCGAGAUCAAAUCCGCUUGGGGAAUCCAGAUGCAUUUUUUGUAUUAAAUGGUGAUGUUUGUGCCGAUUUUCAAUUAACAUAUCUUUAUGAAUUUCAUAAGAAAAAUACUGGUAGCUUAGCAUCUGUAAUGUACACUGAGGCAACAAGACAACAAUCUUUAAAUUUUGGAUGUAUGGUCAUUGACAAAAACACAAAUGAAGUAACUCAUUAUGUUGAAAAGCCCAGUUCCUAUGUUUCAUCAUUCAUUAAUUGUGGAAUAUAUGUAUUUUCUCUUGAUAUAUUUCAAAUUAUAGGAGAGGUGUUUUCAAGCAAACAAAAUGAUACAUACAAUAAAUUUGAAGGUGGAAAUGGAAAUAAAGAAACCAGUCAUAUACAGUUGGAGCAAGAUAUAUUAGCUCGGUUGUCUGGAACGAGAAAAUUUUUUGGAUGGCAUUUGGAUUCUUGGUGGUCACAAUUGAAAACUGCAGGUUCAGCUAUUUAUGCUAAUAGGCAUUAUUUGGGACUUUAUAAAAUGAGGCCUAAUAAAAAAUCCACUUCUCAUGGUAAAGGAGAUGAACCACUAUGUACUUUAUAUCCAGAUGUAUAUAUUGAUCCUUCGGCUAUGAUUGAUGCUAGUGCAGUGAUUGGUCCAAAUGUGAGCAUUGGACCUGGUGUACACAUUGGUGCUGGUGUUAGAAUUCAUGAGAGCAUUGUUUUAGCAAAUGCAAUAAUCGAUGAUCACAGUCUUAUUCUACAUAGUAUCAUAGGAACAGGAUCUAGAGUUGGAAAAUGGGCUAGAGUUGAAGGAACACCAACGGAUCCAGAUCCGAAUAAACCUUUCGCAAAAAUGGAAAAUCUCCCAUUAUUCAAUAAAGAUGGAAGACUUAAUCCUUCAAUUACUAUCCUGGGUUGCAGAGUCAGUAUUCCAUCAGAAACUAUAUUACUGAACUCAAUUGUCUUACCACAUAAAGAAUUAUCAAGAAGCAUAAAAAAUGAAAUCAUUUUGUAAUAUAUAUUUAUUCAUUUUGUUAUUAAUAAAACAUUUUAGGAAA